AUGCCCCCACCGCUUGGGUUCAUAUAUGGAAUGAUAAUUGGGUGGAGGACAGAUUUGAUUGAGCUUGUCUUUAAUCCUAGCACUGCAGCUCGUAUAUUAUCAAUCCCUUUAGGGGUGCAUGGUGGCCCGGAUGAGUUCCAUUGGCCUAGCACUACCAAUUGUCAUUACACAUGCAAGGAGGGAUACAAGGACAUGAGAAACCUUCUGUCCAUGGCUGAAGCUUUAUCUUCCACGGCUGUCACGUUAGAGGCCAAGUUCUGGAAUUUUUUAUGGUCAUCCCGAGCUCUCCCACGAUGCAAAGAGACAUGUUGGAGGGCUAUCCAAGGUUACUUACCCUUGAAAGAAAGGUUGUUUAGCCGUCGAGUUGAUGUGGAUCCAGGAUGCCCUUUUUGCGCGACGGAGAGGGAGAAUGAGGACCAUCUAUUCAUCCAUUGUCCAGCAGCGAAGCAUGUUUGGUUUGCUUCUCAACUUGUUGUCCGCGUGGCAUCUUUCUCCACUUUUCGUGAACUUUGGCUUGCGGUUUUGGAGCUGCAUGAUGAGGAGGUCUUGGCCCUUGUACAGUCCACGGUAUAUGCUAUUUGGGAGGCCAGGAACCAUACUAUUUUCCAGCAGCGGCAGUUCACGAUGGAUAAUGUGCUCGGCCGAGUACGUUGCUUGACGGAGGAGGUUCGGGUGCGAGAUCAGAUGCGUGCACCAUCGGUGGCCUUGCCUGCGACGUGGAAGACGCCAACUUCAGGUACUAUCAAGUUCAAUUUUGAUGCUUACUAUCAUGUGAAUGGUUCGACUGGAUUGGGCAUGGUGGCACGAAAUUGUAAUGGCGAGGUGAUGGCUGCUGCAUGCUCCUAUCCCCAUUCAGCUCUUUCACCACUUCUGGCGGAGGCUAUGAGCUUGAGAUGGACAAUGCAAUUGGCUAUUGACCUUGGUUUUCGGAGGAUUUGUUUGGAGACAGAUUGUUUACAGCUGUUUAACUGCUUGAAAGCAAAGGAGAAUGAGCGUUCUUAUUUGAGCUCUAUUAUUAGGGAGUGUUGCACGCUCUGA